CUCAAACUAGUAUAUAUACACACACAUCUCUUCUCACUCCAAAUCUAAACCAAUACAUCUCAUUCCUCAUACAACAAAAACACACACACACAAAAACGUUCAACUUAACAACCCCAAAACAUACAAUGGAGAAUAUGUUUAGGCUCAUGGCAAGUGAAGAAUAUUUCUCAGACCGGCGGUGUAUUUGGGUCAACGGUCCGGUUAUAGUCGGAGCCGGUCCGUCCAGUUUAGCAACAGCAGCCUGUCUUCGUGAUCAAGGAGUCCCAUUCGUCGUGGUCGAGAGAUCAGAUUGCAUAGCUUCACUUUGGCAAAAACGAACCUACGAUAGGCUCAAGCUUCACUUACCCAAAAAGUUCUGCCAAUUACCAAAAAUGCCCUUCCCGGAUAACUACCCUGAAUACCCAACGAAACGACAGUUCAUCGAUUACCUUGAGUCAUACGCAAACCGGUUCGAGAUUAAACCGGAGUUCAAUAAAAGCGUCGAGUCUGCUCGGUUUGAUGAAACCAGCGGGCUUUGGCGUGUUAAGACAACCUCGGCGGGAGCGGAGAUGGAGUAUAUUUGCCGGUGGUUGGUGGUGGCGACGGGAGAAAACGCUGAACGUGUUGUCCCGGAGAUUAAUGGUCUCAAGACGGAGUUUGACGGAGAAGUGAUUCAUGCAUGUGAGUAUAAGUCCGGCGAGAAAUUUAGAGGGAAGAGAGUUCUUGUCGUCGGAUGUGGGAACUCCGGCAUGGAAGUCUCUCUUGAUCUUGCUAACCACAAUGCUAUUACUUCCAUGGUCGUCCGAAGCUCGGUUCAUGUGCUACCGAGGGAGAUUAUGGGGAAAUCAACAUUUGGAAUCUCAGUGAUGAUGAUGAAGUGGCUACCUCUAUGGCUUGUAGACAAGCUUCUGCUCAUCUUAUCGUGGCUGGUUCUAGGGAGCUUAUCAAAGUAUGGGCUCAAAAGGCCCGAUAUAGGCCCAAUGGAGCUCAAAAGCAUGACAGGGAAGACGCCGGUUCUCGACAUCGGUGCUCUGGAGAAGAUCAAAUCCGGGGACGUAGAAAUCGUACCCGCAAUCAAACGGUUCUCGCGUCACAACGUGGAGCUCGUAGAUGGUCAGAGGCUAGAUAUCGACGCAGUGGUUCUCGCCACCGGUUAUCGCAGCAACGUCCCUUCUUGGCUUCAAGAAAGUGAGUUCUUUUCGAAAAAUGGGUUUCCGAAAUCGCCGUUUCCAAACGCUUGGAAAGGGAAAUCGGGAUUGUACGCGGCCGGAUUCACGAGGAAAAGAUUGGCAGGAGCAUCAGCUGACGCCGUUAACAUCGCUCAAGACAUUGGAAAUGUGUGGAGAGAAGAGACCAAACGACAGAAGAUGAGAAGAAAUGUGGGUCACCGAAGAUGCAUCUCAGUUGCUUAAGCCUCAAGUUAGGGAUGCAUUAACCAAAAAAGGAAAUAUAUUAUACUUUAUUUAAUUUGUAAAAAACAAAAAUACAAAGAGUGAAGAAAAGGCCCUCCCUCUCCUGAAGUCCCUGACAGUGUUUUUUUUAUUACACACCUGUAUGGGCGUUUUGUAAAAUUAGGAUGACGUGGCUCUCUUUUCUUUUUUUCUUUUUUUCUUUUUCGGAAUAAGUUUAGUUUUUUUAUAAUACUCUUUGCAGCAAUUAUCAUCUCUAAAUUAAUUUUCUUCAUCUGGCAUUGAAAGUUUGAAACAACAAAUACACUCGUUAACAGGCUCAGCUCAUUAUAAAUUAGCCCAGAGAACGGAGGCCCAACUUCGUGGAUUGCGAAUGGGAGGAUGUUGAAGAUGGCAGCUCGGUCCGUUUUAAGACGUCUACUUUGACCUCAAAAGUUUAAUUCAAAAGUUCAAAGGCUUUUUUUUUUUUUUUUUUUUUUCUAAUCAUUUUUCUUCCGAA